ACUCGCGAGCGCAGGAGUCAGGAUCCAAAGUCCAAACCGUUCUCUGCAGGUAUCGCUUUUGGCUCUCUCUCUCGCGCAUCUGCGCCGAGGCUCUCCGAUUCUUCCCCACGCUCUCCUUCCUCCCCUGCACCGAAUCCGGCUCGCCGCGGUGUGAUCUUCGUGUAGAUCUAGUGGAGCUGCGCGCGCGGGGUUGUAGAAGCUUCUGCGGAGGAGGAGGAGGACUGGAGGAGGAGGAAGAGGCGGCGGGAGAAGUAGCCGCGACAGCGGGGGGAGCUGGUGCGUUGCUAGAGGUUAUUUAGGUUUGGGGAAACCCUAGCCGCCGCCGGGGCCACGCCAUGGCGUACCGGCCGUACCCACCGCCUCAAGGGGGCUUCCCGCCGCAGCCGCCGCCAAUGAACCCGUACGGGCCGCCGCCGCCGCCGCCGCAGCAAGCGGGGUACGGCCACAUGCCACCGCGGCCGCCGUUCCACGCGCCGCCGCCUCCCCCUCCCGGACCGCCCCCGCCGCACCAGCCUCAGUACAACUUCGCCCACGCGCCCCCGCAGCAUCAACAGCAGCCGCCGCCACCGCCCCAGAUGUAUUACCAGCCCCCACCGCCGCCGUACAGCGGGAACAACAACCAAGCGCCCCCACCCCCGCCACCAAUGUCUCCCCCGCCUUCAGCGCCGCCACCACCUCCGGCUCAGCCCCCUCGGGAAGCCCCGCCGCCCCCGAAAGAGCAGCAGGCCAAGGCAGCACUCCCGAGAGUGGAGACGGAGGAGGAGCGGCGGGCGCGGAAGAAGCGUGAGUAUGAGAAGCAGAAGGUGGAGGAGCGGAAGCAGCAGCAGAUGAUGCGUCAGUCGCAGGCCUCAAUUCUGCAGAAGACACAGCAGGUGCGUGCCGCACAACAGCAGCAGCCGCAGAGCCGCCACCACCAGCCAUCAGGUGGAACCCGGGCGGCGACAACUACGUCACGCCCAGCCUCAGCGCCGAACACUGAGAGGUUCGAGAAUCGUCUCAAGAAGCCAACAACAUUCCUCUGCAAGCACAAGUUUAGGAAUGAACUGCCAGACCCUAGUGCUCAGCUGAAAUGGCUGCCUCUGAAUAAGGACAAGGACCGAUAUACCAAGUACAGGAUCACCUCAUUGGAGAAAAACUAUAUGCCCAAAAUGAUUGUCCCUGAGGACCUUGGAAUACCUCUCGACCUACUUGAUAUGAGUGUAUACAACCCUCCCGCUGUUCAGCCACGCAUGGCUCCAGAAGAUGAAGAGCUAUUGCGUGAUGAUGAGGUUCUCACCCCUGUUAAACCAGAAGGCAUAAGGAAAAAGGAGAGGCCAACCGACAAAGGGAUGUCUUGGCUGGUCAAAACACAGUACAUUUCUCCACUUAGUACUGAUGCAGCUAAAAUGUCCAUGACUGAAAAGCAAGCGAAGGAAAGGCGAGAAUCAAGGGAGGGCCGUGAUGUCCUGGAAAAUCUGAAUGAUAGACAGAAACGGAUCAAAGCCAUUGCAGAAUCCUUCAAAUCAGCAAAAUCACGCCCUGUUCAUCAGACUAAACCUGGGAUGGAACCAGAGUUUGUUCUCCCUUUGGUACCUGAUUUUGAUAGGUAUAACAAUCCAUUUGUUAUGGUUAAUUUUGAUGGCGACCCUACUGCUGAUUCAGAGCAGUAUAACAAGCUAGAGAGAUCUGUACGUGAUGAAUGUGAAUCCCGGGCUCUGAUGAAAAGCUUUCAAGUCAGUGGUUCAGACCCUACAAAACAAGAGAAAUUUCUAGCAUACAUGGCUCCAGCACCCCAUGAGCUUGUCAAGGACUUGGAUGAUGAAAUUGAAGAUGUUCAGUACUCCUGGAUUAGAGAAUAUCACUGGGAAGUAAGGGGGGAUGACAAAAAUGAUCCCACUACAUACCUUGUCGCGUUUGAUGAUGAUGGUGCAAAAUAUUUGCCUCUUCCUACUAAGCUAGUAUUGCAGAAGAAGAAAGCUAAAGAGGGGAGAUCCGGGGAUGAAAUCGAGCAUUUUCCAGUGCCUUCCAGAAUUACUGUGGACAGGACACUACAUGGUGAUGCAAUGGAGCGCGGAGAAUCUUCCAGCAUGCAUGGUAAUUUAAAGCGACAAAGAUCUUCUUUGGACGAUGAUCUUGAUGAGCAUCCAAAGCAUUCUCGUGCAGAAGAUAUGGACCAAGAUAGUGAAGAAUAUUCCGAUUGAUCAAUAGAUAUAGAUCAUCAUUUUCUUGUGCCAUCAAAUUUGGUCAGCACAUGUGAAUCUUUGGGGAUCUCAUAUGAUUAUGCUGCGGCACCUUCAUAAGUAGUUAUAAGGUGCAGGGUUGAUGAAAGAACACACCUGAGUGCAUUUGGGCAAGAGCAGAUUUUGAAGUGCAGAGAGCGCGAAGCGAGGCAGAUUGUAACUGUACCUGAAGAGUCUGGUCUCAGUAGUGAUGGUAGAAGGUCUCGCCAUCAUUGUAAAAAAAGGCUUUGAAGUCUAGAGUGACUCUCAACUGCUUGUUUUAAAUAUAGGUCACCAUUUUGCAUCUGCUUUGCCUUCUCUCACUUCUCCCCAUUUGAUUGUGUAAGUACAACAAUUUAUUUAUGUCAGGAUGUUGGACAGCUGUAUUAUGAUAACCGUUUCUUUUCUGGUGGAAAUGAUGAUCUACAUGAGCAUCGCCAAAGAGUAAA